AUGGGCUACUGGGUGGAUUGCCCGGAAGGGACCGAUGGUGAGAGAAGAGAGAGGAAGAGAGAGACAGCGAGCUGCCUUGACUUGACAGUCCAGAAUCGCCGACAGCAGGAACGCGCACACACCGCUGGGAAUCAUUCAACAGUGGACGCAGGGGGUGCAGGCUGGAUCUCUUUCUCUUUCUCUCGCCCGAGGAAGGAGAAGGAGGGCUUGAGGGCUUUGGGGGCCAGACCCCUGCAGAGCGCGGAUCCCGGAUGUCAUCGCUUCCCGGCUUACAUGUGCCGGGCUGUCAUACUUUCCAUUCUUCUACUUAUCACCAAGGUGUGGCGUCGUCAUCGUCAUCAUCAUCCUGGCGCGGGAAGAUUGGCGGCUCCUCUCCCCUCCCUCGGCUACGAUAGGGAUUCCGUGCCGGUCUUUGUUGCUGUUGAUAGUUAA